UCUUCUGAGGUCGUAAGGGGAUCCAAGGAGAGUGGUGAAGCCUUCUAAUAGUUGCAGAGAAGGAAGGAUAACACUAGUAGAAAGACUGUGGGAUAGGGUUGAGGGCAAGUUCGGGUGGGAGGUCAUGAAGGUGCACGGGUGUCAAUCCAGCGGGCACAUCCAGUGAUCAAAGCCUACACAGGCCCACAAAGAAGAAACCCCAGCUUUCAUUACUGGCUUCCCUGUGUUAUCCUCAAGAACAAAAUCCGUUAGCAGUGUAGCCUAGUGAUUUUCUUUUACGUGCUAAUUGUGUUCUUUCUCCUUCUCUUCUUCCUUAUAUCUCUUGUCCUCCAACAGGUAUGGAUUUUCCCCUCUCUUUGUUAGCUUAGGUCAUUAGAAAGAAGAAAACCAUCCAAGCGAAUCUCUUCUUUCACAUGCCAUCCCAUCUGGAAGCUCAGGGUCCAGGGUUGUCAGGCAGAAUGGGGCUUCGGAACAUUGACCCACAAGGGACUUUCCUUUAAUUUCAAGGGAUCGAUCUCGCUGUAAAAUUCGCCAAGUCUUCAAACUUGGUGUGAGCCAAGGUCUACUCAGUCAAGAAUGAACUUCGGGAGAAAUUAAGUGUAUAACUAAAUGCAAACAUUCUGCCUUUGUGGAAGUUAAAAAAUUGUUUAUCAUAAUGAAUAGUUGGGUGACUUUCCAUUUUAGAACUCUACCCAUUUAGUCAAUAGGUGCAUUAUGAAAAACUGGAUACAUUGCAUCACUGUGAAGGACUUUAGACUGCGGUUUGCAAAAGCAGAAUAAAUUUUCUUGGAGUGGUACCCUUAUGUACACACACACACACACACACACACACACACACACACGCCCAUUGGCAGACAGGGCCACACCUCACAGCUCUGAGGGAAGCCACAGACCUCAGCUGUACAAGCUGAGCCGGGACUGGAGGAACUUUCCGCAGGACCCAGUACAAACAGCCCACAGACACGACUGUCUGCGAGCCUGAGCCCCGGGCGAGCGCUGGCGUUGGCAGGUACGCGGUGCGCCCCCGCUUCAGGGCCUGGGCGGUGCAGCGGCGGCGGGAGGGUCCGGGGCUGCAGAGGUCGGUGCCAGUGUGCGCGCGCCCCCGGCCGGGCCAGCCGCAUCCCGGGUCCGCCCCUCGCAGCCCGCCUCGGGCGUCCUCGGGCAGGUCCUCCCGCCGGCCCCAAGCCCUGAACAUGGCUGCGCGCCCCGCCGCCAGCCUCGCCUGCUCACUGCUGCUCUUCUGGGCUCUGCUCCGCGGCGGCUGCCCGGCGCGCUUUACCGCCGAGCGGGACUCGGAGGACGACGAAGAGGAGGCGAGGGUUUUCCCCGAGUCACCACUGCAGAGACCCACGGUGCUGGUGGCCGUCCUGGCCCGCAACGCCGCGCACACGCUGCCUCCCUUCCUCGGCUGCCUGGAGCGGCUGGACUACCCCAAGAGCAGGAUGGCCAUCUGGGCAGCCACUGAUCACAACGUGGAUAAUACAACAGAAAUCCUCAGGGAGUGGUUGAAAAACGUACAGAAACUCUACCACUAUGUGGAGUGGAGGCCUAUGGAUGAACCUGAGUCUUAUCCUGAUGAAAUUGGACCAAAGCACUGGCCUGCCUCCCGGUUUUCCCAUGUGAUGAAACUACGACAGGCAGCCCUUCGAACUGCGAGGGAAAAAUGGUCAGACUACAUUCUGUUCAUAGAUGUUGACAACUUCCUGACUAAUCCACAGACCCUCAAUCUAAUGAUUGCAGAAAACAAAACCAUUGUGGCCCCCAUGCUGGAGUCUCGGGGCCUGUACUCUAAUUUUUGGUGCGGAAUCACACCUCAGGGCUUCUACAAACGGACGCCGGACUACAUUCAGAUUAGAGAAUGGAAGAGGGUGGGCUGCUUUCCUGUGCCCAUGGUCCACUCCACGUUCCUGAUUGACCUCAGGAAGGAAGCCUCUGACAAGCUGGUGUUCUAUCCCCCACACCAGGACUACACCUGGACCUUUGAUGACAUCAUCGUCUUCGCCUUCUCCAGCAGGCAAGCAGGCAUCCAGAUGUACCUCUGCAACCGAGAGCACUACGGCUACCUGCCCAUCCCCCUGAAGCCCCAUCAGACUCUGCAAGAGGAUGUUGACAGUCUCAUCCACGUGCAGAUAGAAGCAAUGAUUGACCGUCCUCCAAUGGAACCCUCGCAGUUUGUCUCAGUGGUCCCUAAAUAUCCAGACAAGAUGGGAUUUGAUGAGAUUUUCAUGAUAAACCUCAAACGCAGAAAGGACAGGCGAGACCGGAUGUUACGCACCCUGUACGAGCAGGAGAUUGAGGUUAAGAUUGUGGAGGCCGUGGAUGGAAAGGCGCUCAACACAAGCCAGCUGAAGGCCCUGAAUAUUGAAAUGCUGCCUGGAUACCGAGAUCCCUACUCCUCCCGGCCUCUCACCAGGGGUGAAAUCGGGUGCUUUCUUAGCCACUACUCUGUCUGGAAGGAGGUAAUUGACCGAGAGCUGGAGAAGACUCUUGUUAUUGAGGAUGAUGUCCGUUUUGAGCAUGAGUUUAAGAAGAAGCUGAUGAAGCUGAUGGAUGACAUUGACCAGGCUCAGCUGGAUUGGGAACUGAUUUAUAUUGGUAGGAAGAGGAUGCAGGUGAAAGAGCCAGAGAAAGCAGUGCCCGAUGUGGUAAAUCUGGUGGAAGCUGACUAUUCCUACUGGACGCUGGGCUAUGCCAUCUCUCUGGGAGGAGCACAAAAGCUGGUUGGAGCUGAUCCUUUUGGAAAGAUGCUGCCAGUGGACGAGUUCCUGCCGAUCAUGUACAACAAGCAUCCCGUAGCUGAGUACAAGGAAUAUUAUGAAUCCAGGGACUUGAAAGCCUUCUCCGCAGAACCUUUGCUCAUCUACCCCACACACUACACAGGCCAGCCGGGGUAUCUGAGUGACACGGAGACCUCAACCAUCUGGGACAAUGAGACAGUGGCCACUGACUGGGACAGGACACAUUCCUGGAAGUCCCAGAAACAAGGUCACAUCCAUCAUAACGCCAAGAACACAGAGGCCCUGCCACCGCCAACCUCCCUGGACACCGCACCUUCGAGGGAUGAACUAUGAAGUCUCCACGGGGAUUCACCAGCCUUUGGUUUUUCUAACGGGCUGUUCAUCUGUUUGCUCCA